AUGAAGAAAAAUGUUGGAAGUUCUAGUACUCCAAAUUCUAAAAAGAAAUUGACUAUGGAUUUUUAAUAGGAUUAAUCCUAAUAAUAACCAUAAACUAGUUAAUUCAUUUCAAUAGAAGAUCAAUCUCAAGGGGAUUAGCCUAAAAAUGAUGAAUCCAUAAUUAACAAUGAUUUUACUUAAGCUUGCAGCACUAACUUAGUCUAAUAAGAAAAUCAAGACAAUUUAGAUAAUCAAAUGGGAGAUACAAAUGAUGAUGAUGCUAAAAUUAAUGCAGAUUCAAAUAUUGUAAAUUCUGGCGAAACAGAUAAAUUAAAUCUAAUUAACCAUCAAAUUGAAAAUAAUCUAAUCAAUGAGAUUUCAUAAAAUGAAUCAAUCGUUGUGCAAAAUUAAAAUCCAGAUUAAUAUUAAAAUCUAAAAUAAGAAAAAAGUCAAUAUUUUAAUCCCCUAGAAAACGAAGAUACAAUUCAACAGACCAAGAAAGAAAGACAGUAAUUUAGUAAUAAAAAAAAAAUCACUAUUGAAAUAAAUAAUGACGAAAUUGAUAUUUACAAAUAAGAUAUUGAUUCGGCAUAGUAAAUUAAUUCCUAACUCUCUUUGAGACUGCAAUAAGAAUAAACCAAUAAUUUAGUAUAAUAAUAAGAUAUAGAAGGUAGUUUAGAAGAUAAUCAAGAAUAGAAGUUAAUCCAACUAGAAGAUAUUAUCGAAAAUGACCUGAAAAUGUAAACUUAAAUUGCAGAAGGUGAUAGGUAAGAUGUAGAAGUGGAUAAUUGCGAUAAAACAGAAGAAAAUAACUGCCAAGAAUCAAUUGAAGAGGAUACUAAAAAUGUAAAUACUUAAAUCAUUUCUGAAUAAUUACGAUAAAUAGAAAAGGGAUCAUCAGAGCAGGGUGAACAUUUACCUGAUUUGAGCUAAGAAAUAAAAUAGGAUAAUUAAGAAGUAGAAUAAUAAUAAUCAAAUUAAAUAUAGAUAGAGGAUUAUUAGAAUAUUUCUGAGGAGGAGCUUUAGUAGAAUUGUUUUAAAAGGGAAAACUCUUUUGAAAAUGAAAAAAAAGGAGAAUUAGAAUAAUUAGACGAAUUAAUUAAUGAAGAUGCAUCGUAAGAGAUUGUAAAGGCUAAAACUGAUGAAGCAAGCAUUAAUUAACAAGAGAACAACGAAAUUAAAGAAGAUAAUGAAUCUAAAUCUUCUGAUAAAAUUAUAUAAGAAACACAAAAAUCUAUAGAAUAGCCUAAUCUAUUAGAAGAUGAUACAGAAAUGAAAUAAGAAAGUUAAGAUAGAGUUUAAGAAUCUUAGUGUAAUAAAAAGGAAUUAACAACGGAAGUUGAGGAUAACAAAUAAUCUUAAAAUUAAGAUAAGGAUGAAUAACAUAAUUAGGAUGAAAAUUAAGAAAAUAGUUAAUGUGAAAUUUAAUAAAAUAGUUAAAGUGAGGAUGAAUAAAAUAAAUAGGAUGAAUACAAGGGAAAUAGUUAAGGUGAAGAGGAAUAAAAAUAUAGUUAAAAUGAAAAUAGACUCAAUAGUUCAGAUGAUAAAUAAUUCUAAUUCGCUGAUUCAACAGAUUAGAAAAAAUCUAUUAGAGAAAGCAAUCUUUAAAUUAUUUAGGUUGAUGAAGAAAACAGAGAAGAAAAUUAAAUUGAGAUUAAUGAAGAUUAAGGAGAAAGCAAUCUAUCAAAAAUUAAUGAAGUAUGUUUAUAUGAUAAUUUAUUAUCAUAAGAGGAUGAUCCUUCAAAAGAAGUUUAGUAGGAUGAAGAAAUUAUCAUUUAAGCAUAAUUUGAAUAAUUGUAAUUGAGUGAAAAUUUAAUAUAAUCAUAAACUAAAUAAGAAGAAGAAUAAUAGCAAAUCAUAGUUAAAAAUGAGGAGGAAGAAAUCUUUGAUAAGAUCAAUAACUUAGAAUAUUAAGAUAAGGAUAUUAGGGUCUUAAUUGAGGAUCAAAAUAUCUUAUUAGACAAAUAGGAAUCAAAUUAUUAAGAAAUUUUUUCAUAAAAAGAGUUUUAUUAAGAAAGCUAAUAGGAAGUAGAAAAAACAAAUUUAAAUAAUAAUUCUAAUUAAUAACACUCAGAUAAUUCAGAAGAUAUAUGUGAAUAGCUACAGAAACUAACAAUAUAGGACAUUGAGAGUGAGAAUGAGUAAGAAAUUGAUUUAAAUAAUAAUCAUAUUUAAUAAUAAGUGAACUUAGAGGAUAUUGAAACAAACAAAUAAUGUAUCUUCUAAGAAGAUGUUAACCUGCAACUUGAGUAAACAAAGCUACAAAGCGAAAAUAAUUAAGAGGAACAUUAAGAACCAACUUAAUGUGAAGAAGAUUAAGGAUUUUGUAAUAAAGAAAUAAUUGAAGCAGAGAAUAGUCCAAAAAUAGAAUAAAAGACAGUAAUGCUCAAUUUAAAUUGCAAUGAUGAAGAAAUGGAAUAAAUAUAAUAAUAAGCUAAAAAUGUUUUUUAACCAUAAAUUAAUAAUUUUUCUUAAUAAAACGAAAAAAUGGAUUAGGACAUCGAGUAGACUGAAGAUCAUUAGAUGAACUCAAACUCCUAACAAAAUGAAGAGGGAACCCUAAGCAAAAAUUAAUAAGAUUCAGACCUUACAAAUGACUUAAUUAAUAAUCAGCCUGAAUCAAACCAAAAAAAAUAAUCCAUUAAAUUAAUUGACCAUUCCGAACAAAACAAAGACUCUUAGUAAGAGGAAAACAUUUUGAAAUCACAGAAACACGAAGAAAAAUAAGGAGAUGAGCGUCAGAAUGUAACAUUUUCUUCUCAAAAAAAAAGUGAUUCAUAAAAAGAAGGUUACUUUCUUUCUCAAAGCAAAAUCCAAUUUUAUGAGGAUUCUUUAAAUUAGAAUCAAUUUAAUACUAGCUUAUCACAAAAUCAAAAAGAAUACAAUUCUUCAAAAAGUAACGAUCAGACUAAUUUUGAUUUGGGACAUGCAGAAUAAUAUAGGGAUACUUAUUUCAAUUAAAACUCAGACGAUUUACAAGAGUAGAGGAAAUAAAAGAUAAGAGACUUAAAAUAAUAAAUUGAUUAGGCUGAAAGCGAAAUCAUAGAGAAAGAUUAAGAAAUAUAAUAAAAUUAAGAAAUGAUUACUAAUUUUGAAACCUUUGUUUUGGGAAAUACCAAUCCUGAAGAGUUUGAGAAGAUUAUAUUGUCCGAAAGGAAUUUCGAAACCGAAAAUUUAUUGAUUACCCUUUUGAUUAAUAAAUUAAGAGAAUUUAUACAAGAAUUUUAAAAUUCAAUCAUUGAUUUAAUAAAUAGAUUUGAUGGUAAAACAGAAAUAGAGAAAGAUGAAGAAUACGAUAGAGAUAGAGAAACAAAAGAUCAUGAAAAGCAUUUACAAGUGAUCUCUAAUGAGUUCAAGAAAUUUAAACAAAAAAAACAAUAAAAAAAGGAAAUAAACGAUAAUAAAAAUUAAGUUGUUAUUUAAAAUUUGGGUGAAGCUGAUUAGAAAAUAAUCAAUGAAGAACUCAAUACACUCAUUUUCAAUAUUAUUGGAUAAACAAAGUUGUUAAGGGAUAGUUUGUAAAAGAAUUGUUGUCUUCUUGUUAAAUUCAAUUGUGAAGUGUAUAAUGGUCUAUAAGGAAUGUCCAAAAACAUCAAAUAACUUGAAUAAAUUAGAAGGCUAACUAAUUCAGUUAAAUUAACAACUUAACACUACUAAUCUAUUAUUAAUGAUUAAAUUGAUUUGUAAGAGGCUAAGGAUGAUAAUAAUCACAUAUUACUGUUAGAUUUGUUGAAAUAGCUAAUACAUAAACAAGAAUAAGCAUUUUAGUUUCAAUAAUUAUUUACAAAUUAUUUAUCUGAAAGGAUUGAUCUUGUUCAUUAAAGCGAAGAAAAUUUAAGGGAGGAUAUGGCUAAAAGAUUACAAACUUUCAAUUGA